CGCAGUCGUUUGUUCUACUCUGGACAGCUGUAGGAGAAAAUGGCAGCACUCAUGCUAGGACAGCAGGUCCGCCAAUUCAGCACCUCUGUGGUCAGACAAAAGCUGGUUAAGUCUCCCAUCCAGGUCUAUGGAGUGGCAGGCCGCUAUGCUACUGCUCUGUUCUCAGCUGCCAGUAAGCAGAACAAACUGGACCAAGUGGAGCAGGAGAUGGGAAAAGUUUCUGCCCUGAUCAAGGACCCCAAUGUUUCCAGUAUUGUAAUGAAUCCUCAUGUGAAGCGCAGCAUCAAGCAGAAGACUUUCCAUGAUGGUCUUGCAAAGGACAAGGUUUCAGCCAUCACUGUCAACCUCAUCACUGUUUUGUCUGACAAUGGUCGUCUUCCUAUAACUGGUGAAGUUAUCGUUGCUUUUCGCAAGAUGAUGAGUGCCCACCGUGGAGAGGUCAUCUGCUCCGUCACCACUGCUCAGCCUUUGGAUGUCGCUAAUCUUGCUGACCUGAAAGUAGCUCUCAAGGGCUUCCUUCAGAAGGGUGAAACUAUCAAGCUGGAAACAAAGUCGGAUCCUGCAAUCCUGGGUGGCAUGAUCGUCAGUAUCGGAGACAAGUAUGUGGACAUGUCCACUAAAACAAAGAUUCAGAAGCUGACUAAGCUCAUCAAGGAAACUUAAGUCCUGUGGACUUAAUUAAGCAAAAGAUCGAAAGGCGACCAUUGGGGAAACCGCUGAUUAAUGUAUAUUGCUAUCUGUUCUGGCAUUGCAGUUGCUCCAUAAAAUCCAGUGUCUUUACUUAAGUUGAUAUGGAUGUUAAUAAAACGUACAAAACAAUGGA